GAUAUUUCCCUCAAUUUAUCCCAGAAUUUUGAAAUACCAGGAGCUUCAUCGAACAUCAUCAUGGUGGGAAAGAAAUCCGGACGAGCCCAACUUCGGGAGGAGGGCCUCGCACGAACCGACAACAAUCUCGAUAUGACAACAUGGCCGCAAGUCAGCAUGAUCAACCAGAAGAACUACUAUACCGAGUUCUUGAAACGCGACGAACAGUACCUGGCUGUACGUUACCCACAAGAAGAAGAACGUGCUCGCAUGGUACAGGAGGCUCGGGAUAGAGACCGCGCAUUGGCACAAGGAGGUCCAGCGGCACCUACAGAAGAAAAUCCCGAUGAAGCAGGCGUGUCGGCUUCGAAGGAUGAUCCGUCCAGGCUCAUAGUUCUCCACGUAGGCAGUCAGAACCUGAGAAUCGGACUAGGAACAGACGCUCUACCCAAGACUGUACCUAUGGUCGUCGCGAGGAAAUGGAAGGAAAGCGAAUCGGAAGAAAACGGCGGUGAACCCAGUCCCAAGCGGAUGAAAGUCGAGGGAGUACUACCUGCUGAAGCACUGCCGGAGAAAUGGUUUGGGGAGGAUUUCGCCGACCAGUACAUGGCUAUGUCAUCAGAAUUGAGAACUCGAAUGCGCUCAAACAAACGACGUGUGCUCCCUAAUUCCAAGGACCUCGUCACCAACUUCAAUAAGCGAACACCACCUGAAGUCAUAAACGAACACAAUGAUGUCGACAGAAUCGAGUGGACUGAGAUACCCGCAGCCUCAUCGAAAGUUCCCCAGUCCUUUACUGGCCAUGAUGCCCUCCGGAUACCAGACGGGUCGAACCCUCGAUACAAACUGUUCUGGCCGAUUCAGUGCGGCACGUUCAACGAAAAAGACUACACAAAUCGAAACCAGAUCUAUCACGACAUCUCGAAGAUUUUUGAAGAUGCGAUUAGGACACAACUUGGCAUUACUAACAUGAAGGACCUGGCCCACUACAAAUGUGUGUUUGUCAUUCCGGAUCUUUACGAGCGUGUGUACGUGACUAUGAUGCUCGACAUCCUGAUCAGCGAUCUUGGUAUCGGUAAGAUUUGUCUCCAACAGGAAAGUCUUUCGGCUACUUUCGGGGCAGGCUACGGCAUUGCUUGUGUCGUAGACAUUGGGGCCCAAAAGACAUCCAUAUGCUGUGUAGAUGAAGGCAUGUGCAACGAGGAGUCACGUGUCAACCUGAAAAUGGGCGGCUCAGAUAUCACUGAAACGUUCAUCAAGAUGAUGCUUUACGGCCACUUCCCGUAUUCGGAUAUGAAUCUGAAGCGCCGGUAUGACUUCUUAUUGGCCGAGGAACUCAAGCAGAAGUUCUGUUCAAUGGAAGAAGACACGGUCACUGUCAAGACUUGGGAUUUCCAUGUUCGAGCAUCGGGCCAAGAUACGAGAAAGUACACUUUCAAGACGUAUGACGAAACAAUGUUGUCGGUCAUGGGUCUAUUCAAGCCAUCGAUCUUUGAAGCCGAGCGUAAACUGGAAGGACGUCGAAGUGUCAUUGCCCGCUCGGUCGACCUUUACGACGGCUCUCCCAAUGAUCCGCUUUCCCUAGCCCAAACCGCCGUGAUAGACGCGGCAGCCGGCAAAUCCACAUCUGUGAACGGCACGCAAGAACCGCCCACCAGUGUCCCAGCUGCCGCCGCCGCCACACCCCAGCGACCAGGCGCCCAACUCAAUCACCUCAACCGUCUCCACGAUGCCGAAAACACACCUCGUUCUUCGGUCGCCGGCUCUCCUGCCCCAGAAGGUACUAACACGCCCAACCCCGACCGCGACACCCCCAUGGGCGACGCCGACCGGCCCCUAAUUUUCCACGACCCAGUCCUCGAAAAGACCAAAGUAGCAGAGGAACGCGAAAAAGUCCUCCCCAUCAUGCCCCUCGACCAAGCGAUCCUCGAAUCCCUUGCUCAAGGCGCACGCGGCGACGAUCGUAAAUUACGCGACUUCUUCGGCGGUAUCAUGCUCAUCGGCGGCGGUAGCAAAACCCCUGGCCUCGGCGCUUUCCUAGAGACUCGUCUCAGGGAGCAACGACCUUUUUACGGCAAGGAAAUCCUAGUAGGACCUCCACCAAGAGAGUUCGAUCCCCAAGUUGUGAUUUGGAAGGGUGCUAGUGUGUUUGGUCGUUUGAGCGCGUCAGGGAAUGAUAGUUGGGUCAGUAAGGCAGAGUAUGAUGUCCUGGGGAGCAGGUUGCUGAACAAUAAGUGCAUGUUUGCUUGGUGA